GCUCUGCUGGGACGCGGCGAGGAGCGGCGGCCGGUUCCUCCCACUCGGAGUCGCUCAGGCGCCUCCUCCGCUCCCCUCCCUCGGUCGCCGCCGCCGCUGCCGCUGUGAGUCACGACGACGGAGGGAGGAGGAGCAGGGGCAGGGACGCUCUCACACGGGCACGCCGCUCUCCGCCCGGGCUGCCGCCGCCGCCUUCUCCUCGGCGCAGAAACUGGCCGCCCCCCGAGUUGGGCGAGGGGAGAGGGAAGCCGCGGGGCUAGCGCGAAGGAGCCCUUCUGCCGGAGGCAGAGGCGCACGCACGACUCCUCUCCCUCACCGCGGCGGCCAGAAGCAGGAGCGCAGCCUCUCCUCCCCGCCGCCGCCGCCUCAGGGUGGCUUUUUUAUUUUUUUAUUUUUGGGUGCCUCCAAGCUGGGAUAACAGAUCGGAACCAAGGACCUCAGUGAGCCUCCAUUCGUCUUACAUAGCAAGGUGGUGCCCUGCAUGUUCUUUCCGAGGAGACAUUGCUGAUUGCUCCUCCUGGGCGGUUCGCCACUGAAUGUUCUCAUAGCCUGCAGUCACCAGGCAAACAGGAGUCUCUGGAAUUGGGGAGAGGGGAAUGAACCGUGAGGGUGUCCCCGGGAAGAGUCCGGAGGAGAUGUACAUUCAGCAGAAAGUGCGAGUCCUGCUUAUGCUUAGGAAGAUGGGAUCAAAUUUAACCACCAGCGAAGAGGAGUUCUUGCGAACGUACGCAGGGGUAGUGAAUAGCCAGCUUAGCCAGCUUCCUCAGCAUUCUAUUGAUCAGGGUGCGGAGGAUGGAGUGAUGGCGUUUUCCAGAUCAGAGACUGAAGACAGAAGGCAGUAACGUGAAGGGUCUGCUUGAGCAAUACAGAGCUGGACAGGGCAAACCAGGUCCUUGGAGAUCAUGGAAGACGGGCAGGCGCUCCCGAGUUCCUUUGUCUUCCCCUGAUUCUUGCCACCGCCACCGCCACCCCUCCUGUGGUAGCCUCUCCCUGCCCUGCAUUCAGUUUCCCAUUUGUCCAACCUUCUGAAUGCAUUUUGCAGUCUGUUCUGUAUCACCUGUUGUCACAAUGAGGUUGUAUUAAUCCAGGACAACUCCAGGAAUGCAUUUGUGAUUGGCUCUUCCCUGCCCCCCCACCCAAGAUAGACUCUCGAUUGGCUAAAAGGAGGAAACUUGACCAGUGGAAGCACUGCCCACCCCCAAACUUUUUAAAUUUGUAUUUUUAAGAAUUGUUGCUGACAUCCUGCUUCUCAAAGCCUUCAAGCGCUGAUGCUUCUUUUGGUCAUGCUUGUGUGUUUUUUGGAGAGGGGCUUGGCCGCGUGAGGCUGGGACGGGACCGUGGCGGCUGCCGUUUGAGACACGAAUGGCUUGCAGGGGUUUUGCCGGCUCCAGUGUUUUCCCUGGUUAAACAUGGGGGAGGAGGGAGGGUAGUGGGAUUACUGUGUUUACUUACUGCUUCACAUUUGUUGUCAUGGUGGGUGGGGGAAAAUGUUUUGCCAUAUUUAUUACACGCUAACUUGCCUUUUUAAAGCAAACCAACCCUUGGCUGGCAGGCGCCUUCCUCUUGGCUGCUGAGUCAGCCUUGCAGCUGGGAUGCUUUCGCAGCAGUUGGCUCUGUGCUCUCCGGCUUCCGCUGAGGAGCUGGCGCUGGAAGGCGUGCCGGUCUUCCCUCACGUGUGUCCAGGCAGGAAGGAGGUGGCCCGAAGCCCCGAAGAGGAUCGUGGCUUCGCACCUCCAUUUGCAGACAAGAACAAGCCCCCUGUGCCCCUACCGAAGUUGUGGGGGCAUGGCAUGUGCCCCAGCUCUGUGCCGUGCAAGCAGAUUUCCUUGCAACCGGACACUCCUUCCCCACCCAUCCGUCCACUGGCCCGUGCGGCUUAGUGAGGCGUGCUUUCUCAAGCCUUUGCCUGGUCCUUGCCUUCCUGGCCUUGCUGCUCCCCUUGGAGGCAGUGUGGCUGCCCGGAAGAAAUGCAGCCGUAGCAGCUGCAGCUGGUAACAACCGUUUUGCAGACCGGCAGAGGGGGUGGCGUUCUCGGCUCCAUGCUCUGACUUGCCAGGAAGCGGCACUUUUCAAUCACCGUGUUGCGUGUGCUACGACCCAAACCUGAGUGUUCCCUUCUCUGUUUUGUGCCAUAAAGGUUAACCGUGCUUGGAGGAAGGCACCUGGGUGGCUUGCACUGAUGAAGGAGUCUGGGAAGAAAGGAAAUUGAAGCCAAUUUUGCUGCUUCCCUUGUCUAGCACGAGCAGCUUGAGGACCUGGCCGUGGCUGACAUGAGCUUUCCAGCGGCUGCGGUUGCUGGAGGCAGGUGCUAUUGCGCCCUGUGUUAGCCUGGCAGAGAGAGGAGCAGUUAGAAUCACCACUAGAAUGAGGCAUGGGGGAAUAUGGAGAAGGCAGGGGAGAAAUUUCCCUGAAUGAAUUCGCAUUCUCUGCCUUGCAGCAGAAGCCGUUCCCUCUCAGAAAAUGAUACUGAGCGUUGGCUUGAAAUGUUGUAAAGUUCUCAGUGUGAGCCUCGGUUUCUUGGGGCUGGUGACGACACGCCUGUUUAAAUGCACCCAGCAAUAAAAGUGGUUCAGUCUUUCAGUUCAAGUUUCAUUCCCCCAGGCAUUUGCAAAAGGAAAACAAAUGGAUGCACCAAGUCAGCUCUUCCAAAGACCAACUUUAGGGUCUUUCCAUGUGAUCAGUGUUAUAACAGGACAGGUGUGCAGCUGUUACUGUGUUGUUGCAUGAAAACCAAGUGCUUUCCCCAAGGAGUCCUAUGAUCGGGAGUUCUUCUUUCCGUAAAGCUCAACAUGGAGGGGGCUGUGGUGGGAACGUUUCCCUAGCCAGCGCUCCCGUCGCGUUGUUAGUUCACUAUGGGCAGUGGGCGCACCACUGCUGGGAGUACCUCUGCCUCCCCUUCCCACUGAUCCAUCUCUCUGGGCCACUUGUCAAGCAUUAUUAAUUUAUUUGUCCUUCUUUUCCCUCCUAUUCCCCAGCAGAGGUACAGGAGUGCUUAUGAUAAAAAGUGAUGCCACCCAAGCCCUGUUAGCAAUGUUCCCACAUUUCGUGCAUUCCUCUCCCCACACCUAGAAGCUGUGUACGUCACCCUGUUCUGUCCUUCUGCACAGAUGUUCUACUUCUAAGUAUUUUUGUAAAGCAGUUAAAAAAAAAGCUAUGCCGUUCUGCAUCAGUGCUGCUUAUUGCCCCAGCCUCACGUACCUUCUAAGGGAUGAGAUAUUGGUGGAUUGGGGGGCCGGUGCAAAGGACCCAGUGCUCUCAGGAGAGCAAGUUCUCUGGCAAGCCCCUUGAACGGUUAGGUCUGUGAGAUGAGUCGGUUGCUUUGCUGGGCUGAAUGGGUACCACUGCUGCAGCUUUGCUGUUGGGCUGUGGCGUGCGUUCCCCGGAUAUGUGGCAUUUCCAAGCUGUUCUGUCCUUCUCAAGCAUCAAAGUGAAGCGUUUCUGUGGUUUUUAAACUUUUGGAGGGCUAAAAAUGUAACUUGAAGCGGGUUGGGAAAUACAGUUUGUAAGAGUGA